GUGUGUACAUAUCUCCACGGCUUGAGAAUUGUGGGCUUUGGGUUGAUAUAUAUCAGACCCGAAAAUAUUCGUGGAUUCAGUGAGAGUUUGGGUGGUAGUCUUCCAACGCUUGAGACUUUUUGUCGUAGCCAAGGGUGGGGAAAAAGCGUAUUCUAUUUAUAAAAUAAAAUCGGGGGGAUGAUCCACGCGACGCCCACGCCUUCGAGUGGCCACGUAACUUUUAUUUAUUGAAAAAAAAAAUAAAGUGGAGUUUUAAUUUUUGUGAUGAUGCCCGCUGUAGAUUAGCCGGCGCAGUCCGUUACCCACUAUCACUGUAUUUAUUUGUUUUUCGUCCCUGGAAAAGUGUUGUUAUAUUUUCAUUCGAUUUUGAGCAAUUAUGUCGUUUCGUGUUGUGCGCAGCAGUAAAUUCCGCCACGUGUACGGUACAGCAUUAAAACGUGAACAAUGUUACGACAAUAUUCGGGUCUCCAAGUCGUCCUGGGACUCGACAUUCUGCGCUGUCAAUCCAAAGUUCCUUGCUAUUAUCGUUGAGUCAGCUGGUGGUGGUGCUUUUAUAGUUUUACCACACAAUAAGGUAGGCAGAAUAUCAGCCGAUCAUCCACUGGUUGGUGGUCACAAGGGCCCGGUAUUGGACAUAGCAUGGUGUCCACACAACGACAAUGUCAUAGCCUCCGGGUCCGAAGACUGUGUUGUCAAAGUAUGGCAAAUACCAGACAGUGGAAUAUCCCGUACACUGACAGAACCAGUUGUGGAUCUUCAGUUGCACCAGCGACGAGUCGGUCUCGUCCUCUGGCAUCCCACUGCCCUCAAUGUAUUGUUGACCGCUGGGUCAGACAAUCUCGUUAUAAUAUGGAACGUGGGUACUGGAGAGCCGCUCAUCAAGAUGAAUUGUCAUCCCGAUGUUGUGUACUCCGCCUGUUGGAACUGGGAUGGUUCGAGGCUCGUUACCACGUGUAAAGACAAGAAAAUUAGAAUUUUGGAUCCAAGGUCUGGGGAGGUCCUACAAGAGGAUAUAGCGCACGAGGGGAGUAAGGCUACAAGAGCUAUUUAUCUCAGGGGUGGAUUAAUAUUCACAACUGGCUUCAGCAAAAUGUCGGAACGUCAAUACUCUCUACGUGCACCCGACAUGCUUGGUGAGCCAAUUGUCAUGGUUGAAUUGGACACUAGCAAUGGUGUUAUGUUUCCACUUUACGAUCCUGACACGAGUCUCGUUUAUCUAUGCGGCAAAGGUGACUCCGUGAUACGAUACUUCGAGAUAACACCGGAACCACCAUUUGUUCACUACAUUAAUACCUUUCAAACGCCGGACCCCCAAAGAGGAAUAGGAAUGAUGCCAAAACGUGGCUGUGACGUUAAUAGUUGUGAAAUCAGUAGAUUUUACCGCUUAAAUAAUUCUGGUUUUUGCCAGGUUAUCUCAAUGACUGUACCUAGAAAGUCUGAGCUCUUCCAAGAGGAUCUCUAUCCCGAUACCCCAGGUCAUACAGCUGCAAUAUCAGCGGAAGAGUGGCUAAAUGGUACAGAUGCUGAACCUCUGCUAAUAUCUCUGAGAGAUGGUUAUCAACCUGCUACCUCCAAAAAUGAACUAAAAGUUACUAAAAAGGCCAAUGUACUUGGUAAAGGUGCCAAAGUAGGAGCUAAUGCACAAAAUUCUUCGCAAAAUUCUGGAAUAUCGGAUGAUAUUAUCAAAGAAUUUGCCGAAGAAAUACGUAAAUUAAAGGCGGUAAUAAUGAAACAUGAGGGAAGAAUUCGCGUGCUGGAGUCGGCUGUUGCAUUACAAAUGAAGGAAGAAGAAAGAAAUGAAAAAUCAGCAGCAACUGAGGAGAAGGAAUAUCUUGCAUCCGACGAAGUCUGAUUAACAACCCUAAACAAAAAAAUAAUGAAGAGAAAUCACACUGUGCAACAGAAGGGAAAAAACAAAAAAAAUAGAUACAAAUGGUAUUUUUAUAAUUGAACAUGACGAGCAGAAUUUGUUUUAUAGAAGGAAAAAGUACUGGACAAAAUAUUAAAAGAUCGUAUUAUAUUUUGAUAUUGAGAGAUAAAAAAGUAAUUUGUGUAAAUAUUAGAAUACUAGAGUCGCCUGUAAUUCAGACAUGAUUUUGCUACGAUCUUUGUUAUUUAUUGUAAUUUGUAAAUUCAAAUAAUUCAUCGUGCCUUCAUCUCCCUCCUCUUCCCCUCCCUUCACUCCUCAAUUUCCCAACUCCACUCACCUGACUGACCAUUUUCAUCGUUUUAUAACAUUUUAUUUUUCACGUACGAUAGAUCGAUUGUCAUGAAAAGAAAUUGUUUUUAGAAAAAUUCUCAUGUGCAUGUUGCUGAUUAACAAAUAUUAACCCCCCAUCUCCUCCCAAUUUUAUCAACGAACAUUGUCAACCAUCAUUUUUUUGAGUAUUCGCCGUAAAAAAAGACCGAAACAAUCAAACAAAAUGUGUAACAAAUCUACGGAAACAACGAAUGAGUGCCUCAGAGAGUUGAAUAAUUUUGUAUAGGCAGUAUGAAAUCUGUUGUAACAUCGAAAUAAGAGAAAAAUUCUAUUAUUCAA